AUGGGGUCACCAGUGGGUGCCAGCUUCGCCAACUUGGUGAUGGCCCACUGGGAGACCUCAUAUCUUUUCAGCAGUAGUUGGUCAUCUAGUAUUUGCUUGUACAAAAGAUACCUGGAUGACAUCUUUAUUCUGCUGAAAGGAGACGAGGCAGAUGCAAGGGAUUUGGUUGACUUCUUCAACUCCACUACUGGCUUUCUGAAAUUUACCAUGAAUUUUAAAACCAAUGACAUCUGUUUUCUGGAUACUAUUAUAAGUAAAAGGCAGAACCAGUAUACGUCCCAGAUAUACAGGAAGAACACCUUUUCAAACACCUACUUACACUUCUUAAGCUCUCAUCCUCACUACCAAAAGAAAUCAGUGAAAGGCCAAUUGGUAAGAUUAGCAAGAAUGACCACCCUUGCAGAAGACUUUACUAGAGAGUGUGACAACCUAUACCAUAUGUUUAGACACAGAGAUUACCCAAGUUCAUUUCUGGACAACAUCUUUGGGGAGGUCACGCUGAAAAGAGAGCGUGGGGUCUACACAGCAAUCUUGGGUAUUCAGAACAAGUUAGAUUUACAAACUGAACAAAAUAAUGAGGAACUGUUGGGUAGCAGUUUGACCAGUACCAACAGUCCUGAACUUGCUGUAGUUGGAUCACUGGGGAGACGGAAAAAUUAUGUUAACUCAUUUACCUUUGUCUAUUGCCCUGAGGCUAUUGAGAUUUCUAAAGUAGUUAAGAAAUACUGGUUUUGUCUUUCCUUAGAGAAAGAUGUCACUAAAUUAGUUGGGGUUGAACCUACCAUUACCUUUAAGAGGGGCAACAACAUGAAGGAAUUGCUCGAAAGGAAGCCCUUAGUAACAAGGACUAAGGGAGGCACUUCAAAAUGUGGGGCAUGUAGGCAGUGUGCUUUCAUUAAUACAGCAGAUUCAUUUUCAAUGGGUUCACAUACUUUCAGAAUUUGGAAACGUUUCAACUGUAACAGUAGGCGUGUAGUUUAUCUAGCACAGUGCAAACAAUGCCCCGCGUUUUACAUAGGGAAGACUGACAGACGUCUGAGGGAUAGGGUAUAUGAGCAUGGUUAUGCGAUUAAUAACAGAAAGGAUGAAAAUGCCCUUGCAAAACAUUGUGGCACUAAUGUGGACCACAGCUUUGACUUUAUGGUCAUCGAUCAAGUAAAGGAGAAGAGGUUAUCAACUUACUUAAGUAGUAUAGUUAAAGAAAAAGCUAGUGUAAUGAGAGAAAUGAAAGAUGAUAGAGGAGAGUUCCUGUAUGAACAAGAUGGUGUCUAUAUCCAUUCUUCUUCAGAAAGAACAGAUGAAUAUAAUUCUCUCAACCCUGGAGUAUUGCGUAUUCUUGAUAAGGAUGGUGAAAUAGUAGUUGAUUGGAGGCUACAAGAUGAUAACCUAGACUCUACAAGCAUUCCUUUUGCUGGAAAGGAUUCUAGUUCAGUUGUGGAGUGGUCACAGAGCCCUAGAGAAAGGAUUUUUAGAGGCCCAAAUCAUCAGAACAGUUAUGAAGCUGAGUGGGAUAUGGUCAACACAGUUUCCUUCAAAAAGAAACAGCAUACCACCAGUGAAGGUGUCAUUCAUUUUGUAAAUGGCCAAAAUAAAUGGCUAUUCUCCUUCAGCUUGGCAGACCUCGUAUCCAUUAGAAUGAACGAAGAGGGCAUGGGAUGGCCAGUCUUGACAUUUUGCCUUAAGAAUGGUAUUACUCUUCCAGCUCUUCAUUUCCAUCAUGGUGGCAACAAUAUGUUAAUUGAGUGUCUUAAAAAAUAUAUCUUUUUCACUGAAAGCCCCGAGGAUCAAACAGUUCUUCUCGUCAGUAAUCAAAACAAGUACCUGUAUCAACCUUUUGAGAAUCUCCUUGAGGAGAAAGCCUACAAUAUUGUACAGAAAUUUAAACAUGACCCUUAUGCAGCUACAUUUGGAGGAUUUUCCAAGCUUGCACAUUUGUUUUUGGAUACUUUGCGUCCAGAUGCAUCACAGUUUCGGCCUGCUGCAGAAAUUGCAGAUUUUCUACCUGAAGCCAUUUCAGGUCUGGAAAUAAGUCAACAUGAAGAGCCUGGAUAUGAAGUCAUAAAACGGCAUAUUAUUAAGGAUAUUGGGAUAUUUUUAGGUAGUAUUAAAAAUGAAUUGUUUGAUCCCCAUUUAAUUUUUCUUAUCGAUGUUGUUGACCUCUUUAUGUAUAUUCCCCAGUUUGAUGGAAUGGAACUGUUUGAGAAUGCAUUACAAGACUGUUCUUAUUUGUUAUCCAUGGAGGUUCAGUUUUUAUCAAGUUGCAUGGAUAUUAUUCUCACUAAUAAUUUUUUGUACUUUGAAGGUGAGAUAUACAAACAAGGACUUGGUCAUACAGUAAGAAAAGAAGCAUGGAAGUUUCUUUUGGGGUAUUUCCCCUGGUGCAGCACUAGAGAAGAAAGAAAGAUUUUGCAGAAGAAAAAAACCGAUGAAUAUUUUAGAAUGAAACUGCAAUGGAAAUCAGUUAGUGAAGAACAAGAGAAAAGAAAUUCCAAAUUAAAGGAUUACAAAAGCCUUAUAGAGAAAGAUGUCAAUAGAACAGAUCGAAACAAUCUGUUUUAUGAAGGCCAGGACAGUCCAGGACUGCUUUUGCUUUAUGAUAUACUAAUGACUUAUUGUAUGUAUGAUUUUGACUUGGGAUAUGUUCAAGGGAUGAGUGACCUGCUUUCCCCAGUUCUUUAUGUAAUGGAAAAUGAAGUAGAUGCAUUUUGGUGCUUUGUAGCAUUCAUGGAUCAGCUGCAUCAAAAUUUUGAAGAACAUAUGCAAGGCAUGAAGACUCAGUUAAUUCAGCUGAGUGUGUUACUUCGUCUACUUGAUGAUGAGUUUUGCAGUUAUCUUGAAUCACAAGAUUCGGGAUACCUGUAUUUUUGCUUCAGAUGGCUAUUGAUUAGAUUUAAGAGAGAGUUCAGUUUCCAAGAUAUUCUUCGACUGUGGGAGGUUAUGUGGACUGGUUUGCCAUGCAGGAACUUUCAUUUACUUGUAUGCUGUGCCAUUCUUGAUUCUGAAAAACAAACAAUAAUGGAAAACCAUUUUGGAUUUAAUGAAAUUCUUAAGCACAUAAAUGAGUUGUCAAUGAAGCUCAGUGUGGAAGAAACACUGGUCAAAGCAGAAGUAAUUUAUACUCAGAUGGCAAAUUGUAAGGAGCUGCCACGGGAAGUCUGUGAGAUUGUGGGAAUAAAGUGCAACACUGAAGUCGAUUCCAGUGGAUUAAAAAACAAUCAAUGCUUGAAAAUGAAAGAACUCAAAAAUUCUGAUGCUGGUAGCUGUUAGCACACAAAGAUGAAUCAUUUGUGGUUUGUACUGUAUUGGUAGUGCAAGGAAGAAUGAUAGACAGCACAGUGGCAUUACAAACAGCUGCAAAAGGGGUGCACUAUAGGCAUGACAAAAUAGUGUACUAUUCUUGUUGUGGUACAGCAGUAACCUGGACUUUCUUUUGAAGGAGGUAAAUGGAAUAAAAAAUUUAGGUUAUAAAUAAUGACUUGAGUUUUUAGUAUGCAUAUGUUGGUUUUAUAUUUUUCUAGCCCUACUGAAUGAAAACUGCAGAAAAAUUGCUAACACAGACUGAAGUAAUUAUUUUUGUAAGUAUUACACCAGAAUGGCCUUUCAUGCUUCACAUCAUUCCAUAACACUUUCUUGAUAUUAAAGCACCUCCCAUUGAGAACAUAAAGAGUUUGAAGAAAAUGCUGGGCCUUCUUGCACAUUUCCAAGCUUAUAAUUUCAGCCUGUUUUAUGACUUGCUGCUCAUUUUUGGUUGUUCUAAUUCUUAUGAUCAGUUGCACUUUGUUGGAAGUGUGCUUUGUAAGAAAUUCAUAGUAUCUGACAGAAAGACAAGAAUGAAGCCCCUUCAUUUAAGGGUAACUUUCUGAUCAUUUGGUUAGAAAAUAAAUAACCGCUUAAUUGCACUUUAAAUGAUACAUCUCAGAUGUUUAUGCUUUAAAUGUGACAAAAAAUCCAGUUAUUGGAGUGCUGUUUUUAAACAUUUCUUAAAAAAUCUACAGAAAGUCAUUGAUUUGAUGACAUCAUAAAUAGUAUGUCUCAAAUAUCAUGUUUUAAAUUAUCACAGUCGUGUUUACAUUGUAGCUGUGAAAUUAAGUGAGCUAAGAUUGAACCAAAUCAGUGAUGCAACAGGCUCUGCACAGUCUGAAGAAAUCUUGAUGUAGACUGGCUGAAAUCUAAUGCAAUUUACAUUAGUGUGGCUGAAAAAAUAUUUUCUUUGUUGGAAGUUUUAAAAUAACUUUUGCCCUUCAGAAGGAUUGUGUUAUUUAAAUCUAUAUGCUUUAAUAGUUGAUAAUUUGAGUUUUAAAAUUGUCAGUCACCGCCUAUAGUACUAUGUCAGUAAUAACUGGAUUUAUACAUUUUCUUGAACGUUUUUCUCAUUAGCAUUACUGAAAUUGCCUUCUGAGAUUUUUUUCAUUUAUUUGUUUGAAGGUGCUGGUAAAAUAUUCAAUUCCAUGAACUGUGAUUCCUGUUUCUUACAAGAAUGUGUAUUAUAGCUCUAUGCCUAAUUACUAUGCCAUUUUGUUAUGGUAUUUUUAUGAAUAAAAAUGACUGGCCUCA